AGAGCUCAGCGGAAGCAUAUUGUGAUUGUUAAGAGUACAGUUUAAUACGCUGCCAAUUUCGAAUAAUUUGUCUACAAAGAGCAGCACUACCAUCAAAAUUAAAUCGAUCACUUCUUGUCUAAGUGUCGGCCCCGUCAGCGCCUGUUUCCGCAAUACAAUGUCGAUUCAGCCAGCGUGUUUCGGGAGCAGUUGCCAGUAUCGAUACGAUUAUCGUAACUUCAUUGGAAAAGGAAGCUUUGGCAAGGUUCACAAAGCCACCAUCACGGAGCGCGGCAAUUAUGUUGGACCUGACGUUGUUGCUGUGAAAUGUUUCUAUGUACACGAAAAGGGGUUUGUGGAAAAUGCAGAAAACUAUGCCAGGCUGCAGGAGAGAUUUGAAAUGAUGCUGAAACUCAAACACGAUCACUUGGUAGACUACCAUCAGAUCUCCAUCAUCCCGACACUUUGUAGUGCCGAUGUGGAGUUAGUCAUGGACUAUUAUCCUGGAGGCAACCUGAAAGUUGGAGAUGCCAUCAGUCACGCACUGGACCUAGCUAACGGACUGGCGUUCCUGCACGAGAACGGCAUAACUCACGGCGAUCUGAAGCCAGGAAACGUGCUCAUCGAUGACUCCAACGCCCAACGCCAUACUCUGCCCAUAUCCGACUGGGAUGGCCUCGUUACUCUUCAACGCUGCAGCGUUAGCUCACUGGAUUACGAGCAUUUCCGUAGCAGCGAGCGUUACAUGUCGCCGGAAAUGAUUCAUGCGAUAGAACCACUGGAAAACAUUACCACGUGGCCCCCGAUGCCCGACUCGGCCACGGACGUAUGGAGCUUGGGAUGCGUCUUGCACCAGUUGAUCCGCUAUAUUACGGGCGAUUAUCGAGAAAUACUGCAGCAUCCGGUUAGCGGAAAAGUGCUGGGUGAGACUGAAGCUAUCACCGACUUUGCAUUUUCGACAGCGGUUAUGCAAGGGUAUGUUCCUGUCGUCUGUGACGCCGCGCCCGUUCCUUCCGAGCUUGCCGUGUGCAUUCGUAAGUGCCUGUGCAACACCAGCAGCCAGAGAAUAUCUCCCCGUCAAGUGUUGGAUCAGGUGUCCCAGAUCAGCGUGAACCAUAAACCAUAAAAAUGGCCGGCUUGCAUUCCCUGAUUUACGCAUAAGGACACGCUUUGAAGACCCUGAGUUAUUUCUUAUACAGUGUACCUGGCACUUUGUUUUACAAAUGGGCUAUGAUUCCGGGUAAUUCUUU